UUUUUUUUUUCUGUAAUGAAAUUCAUUUUGGCGAGGCCGUCUUUUGGCAUUUUAUCCAUGCUUUGACUUUUUUCCUUUUUAUUUUUAACAAUCGAAAAUGAGAGAUCAGUUCCUCUUAACAGAAGAAUUGGUAAAAAUUCAAGACAUUACAACCUAUUAUAUACCCAAUGAAACAGAAAUUGCAGGAAAAAGCGAUCACGAUCUUGCAAGAUAUUUAAAUGAAAUUACGGAUGGCAUUCAAGUCUCUUCUGAAAAUAUUUCUGAUCCUCUUAUAUUUGACAAAAUUCGCAGCUUUUUAAAGUAUUUUCCCAAUGUUCAACCUCGUAUAUUAUCUCGAUUGUUUGAUAUCAUUCUCUCAGCCUUUCGCGUGGAAGUCAAAUCAACGGCAGAAGAUCUUGAUAACAAUGAUAAGCAAACCUUCAGCACCCAUCGUUUCAAUUUGGAACUUUAUGGAUUUUUAGUACAUUGGUUUAUUAUGCUGACCGAGGAACAUACAUCAGUUGCGACUCUUUCCGCAUCUUCCUCUUCUAGAAAAUCAAAAUCAGCCAGUAGCAAUAAUAACAAUUUAAAAACAUAUGAUUGGAAUCCACAAAAAUCAAAAGCCUUUGAUUUGGCCAGUUGGUUGUUAGGAUUGAAAAUCACAAAGCUUUGGACUAUGACACCUGAACGUUUGGCUUUUGUUACUUUAUUCACCAAACCUGCGUAUCAAGUGUUUGAAAACCCUGCCAACGUGAAGUCAGCUUCGAUGAAAGAAAGAGUGUUCCGCAUUCUAGGCCUUUGUAUUAAGCAUUAUGAUCAUAUGCCUGUCGCACAAACCACCAUUAUGCAGAACUUACAAUAUUGGGAGCACUCAGCUGAAUCUAUGGCUGAAUUACUCGUUUAUAUGAUUGAUAAACUCAACUAUACUCAACUGGCCGACGAAAUAUUGCGCGAAAUCGGUAAUCGUGAAUUUAAGGAUGUAACAAACAAAGAGUUGAAGGAUUCGCCGAAUCCAAAAACUUUUGGCGCAUUUUUACAAAAACUAGCAGAGUUAGCACCAAAGACUAUUUUGAAGAAUUUGACCGUUCUCAUCAGUCUGUUGGACAGCGAGUCGUAUCAAAUGCGAGUCACCUUAAUUGAGAUUUUGAUAUUGUUGAUUAUCGAGUUAUCGAAAGGAAUCGAAGACAACCCGAAUAAUAUCGAGCAGAUCAAUGGAUUCUUUGAUUUAUUGGAGGAGCGUAUGCUUGAUACCUCUUCUUACUGUCGACAAAAAGUUUUGCAAGCAUAUCUACGGUUGUUCAGCUUGAAAACCAAAUUCCCAAAAAGGCGUUAUGCUGCUGCUGUUCUUUGCGUUCGACAUUUACAGGAUAAAAGUAGCCUUGUGCGUAAGUAUGCUAUCCGUGCAUUGACAGCUCUCGUAUCAACCCAUCCUUUUAGCAUGUACGGCGGUGAGUUGGAUUCGAAAGAGUGGAAGACUCGCCUUGAAAAGUUGAAGAAGGAGAUCGAGUAUGUUACAACUGAGGAGGAUGUUCGUGCAGUUAUAGUAGCUGAGGCAGCUAAUGCGACUGCUUCCUCACAAAGUUCACAAAAUAAAUCCGAAGAGGUAGACGACGAUACGGCAAAAGUUGAUAAUGCUGAUGAGGAUUUGGACAUGGCUGAUGCGAGUGGUCACCUUGCCAAAGCUGAUAAAGAAAGUAAUCUUGCAGUGGAGAAUGAAGAACAACAGAAUGACACUGGAGAAAAUAACGAAUCAAAUGAGUCAGUCAACGCGCAUGAGGAAGAUAUGCCAAAUAAUAACUCUUUUCAAGGCAAAACCAUCGUUUCUGCUGAGAAACUUCAACAACUCAUACUUAUGCGUCAGUUUCAUGUGGACGCUGUUCAGUUUAUAGAGUUACUGCAGAAGGCUAUACCCAUUACAACCCAGCUUUUAUCCUCCAAAUCCAAGGCUGAAGUUUUGGAAUCCAUGGAUUUCUUAGUCACUUGUUAUAAUUAUAAAGUGGAUCUUGCAGCUGAUGGCAUCAAAAAGAUGCUUCAUUUGAUUUGGACUAAGGAUACCAGUGACGAAGGCAAGGGUAUUAAAAUGAGACUAUUAUCUUCUUAUGAAAAUUUGUAUAUUGCCAUGGAUUCAAACCUGGAUCGCAAGCAAAAUAUCAACCGAAUUGCGAAAAAUCUUAUACAACUUACUUACAACACAACACUCGCUGAGCUCACAUCGUUGGAACAGUUGCUAAGUGUCAUGAUGGCAGAAGGGAAAAUUUCUAACGAAGUCAUUCAAAAGCUAUGGUCCGUCUAUGGAUUUACUCAAGGUCGAAUUCAAAAAUCGCAACGUCGGGGAGCUAUUAUUAUUCUAGGCAUGCUAGCAAAGGCGAAGACCUCGAUUGUUGCCGAUAAAAUCGAUGUCAUGUUAAAAAUUGGGUUAGGCUUCCUUGGCAAAGCUGAUCUCGAACUUGCAAAAUAUACCUGUAUUGCUUUACAGCGAUUAGAGGGUGCUAAAGAGAGAAGCCGUAGUGUGCAAGAAGGUGUACGUUUCCUUUUACAUCACGCAAUGUUUACAAGAUUGAAAGACAUUAUAGAGCAACCAACAGAAAGUCAUUUGUGGUUUAGCAUGGCAGAACAAGCGAUUAAUACAAUUUACUUACUAUGCAAGGACCCGGAGGCCAUCUGUGAAGAGUUGAUUAGGAAUAAAACGAACAAAGUCUUUGGCUCGCUUCCGAAGAAUAAUUGUUUCUCAAUGAGCCCUUCCCCUGCAGGAACAGAUACCUCGAACUUUCAGCAACAUAUGGACUCCACUUUGCUGGACUAUGAUUUGAGUAUGACACAACAAGUACUACCCUUCCCCCAACAUCCUCUAUACCAGAGCCCAAUGGAGCUGUCACAACUCUUUUUCUUAGUGGGCCAUGUAGCUUUGAAAGAAAUUGUUCACUUGGAAAUUGUUGAGGCUGCGUGGAAACGCAAAAAGUCAGAAAAGGUAACAGAUUUGAAAAAGAAUAAGAAAAAGAAAAACAAGAAGAGCAAGAAGAAGAAGGAUACAGAUAACGACAUUACAACGGAUGAUGAAGUCGAACCUAUUGACCGAGAGGAAGAGGUGAAAGAGGAGGAGGAGGAGGACGACGAGGAAGAUAACAAUGAUGCUGCUAUGGAGGAUGAACUUGACCAAGUAGGCGGCGGUACAGCUGAAGACGACAUUGGUGACGCUAUGACUAGAAUACGUGAACGAGAAAUCCUGUUUGGUCCCAACUCUUUGCUGGGUGUCUUUGGUCCUUUAAUCACAGAAGUCUGUGUGCGUAACAAAAUCUAUACCGACCGCACAUUGCAGAUUAAUGCUACUUUAGCAUUAACCAAAUUGAUGUGUGUUAGCUCUGAUUUUUGUGAACAAAAGCUUCAGCUCUUGUUUACCAUUUUGGAAAAAUCAAGAGACCCCAGCAUCCGUAGUAACAUUGUCAUUGGCCUUGGUGACAUGGCCGUAUGUUUCAAUACUCUGAUUGAUGAUAAUAUUACUUUCUUAUAUAAUCGUUUAUCUGACGCUGAUACUGUCGUUCGCAAAAAUGCUGUCAUGGUACUGACACACUUGAUUUUGAACGGUAUGGUCAAAGUGAAGGGGCAAAUCAGCGAAAUGGCAAAGUGUCUUGAAGACGAAGACCCACGUAUUUCUGAUCUGGCUAAACUCUUUUUCACCGAAUUGGCUUCGAAAGAUAAUGCUAUCUAUAACAAUCUGCCCGAUAUCAUCAGUAGUCUCACCACUCCCAGUCAUGUUAAUACGUCCACAACACAUGCUAUAACUGAUGCUACUACCACUAGCGCCACCGCUACCACUCUUGCGAACAAUGAUAACGUGAAAAACAGCCGCUUAGAUGAGGAAUCAUUCCGCAAGAUAAUGAAGUUUAUCUUUAGCUUCGAUUUCACUGAAAAGGAAAAGCAAGCUGAAAAUAUUGUGGAUAAACUGUGCCAGCGAUUUUUAACAGCAGAGGAUGAAAGAAGCUGGCGAGAUAUUGCUUAUUGUUUAUCUCUAUUACCGUUCAAGACGGAAAAGCCUUUUAAAAAGUUACUGGAGGGCUGGCCCACUUACCAAGACAAGCUACAUGAAGAUGCUGUUCAUAAAUCAUUUUUGGAGAUUAUUCAAAAGGGUCGCUUGAAUAAGAAUCAACGACCAGAAUUGAAAACACUCAUAGAUGAGCUAGAUCGAAGGGUUGAGAAACAACGUGGCGCUGCAGUAAGUGAGAACGAAGAAGAUGGUGUAGGCGGUGAGAAGACGACUGUAACAUUAACAAAGAAAGGUAAAUUUAACAUCUUUUAUCACAAAAGGGGAGAGGUAGGGAAGAGUGAGGAGAAAUAAGGCUUCCAAACUGAUAUCGCAUUGGUUUAGGCGGAAAAUCUGCUAAAGCGAAAGGAAAGAAACCAAAG